AUGGUAUUCAAGGCAUUUCUCCUGGCCGCCUUUGUGGUAGUCGCCAUCGCCCGUCCAGAUAGCCCUCCUACCUAUGGCUACUCUGCUCCCACUCCCUCUUACGCACCCGCAAAGUACGACUUCAACUACGCCAAGGUCACUUACACCGUCAACGGAGAUUCCGGUUACGUGGCCGAUGUCACUUACGAGGGUGAAGCCCAAUACCCACAAGCCACUUAUGGGCCUCCUCAACCCUCCUACAAACCACCCACCCCUUCCUAUGCUUAG